UUUUGAAACUUGCAGAUCCCAACGUACCGAUCCAAACGUGUGAAAUAAAUACAUAAGUGUGGCCACCAACAACUGUGGCUUGCAAGAUGAAAAAUGGUGGACGCAGGUGAAACAGGCAAUGAUCCGAUCCAAAAUAUCAUACGAAUGUCGGACGAAUUAAUUUCGAUUGUCAGUGUGGACUACAUCAAAAGUGUAGGAUUAGAAAAGUUUAUUGAAGAAAGUUACGUUUACAAUGUAAUCGAAAGAGAACUGGCCAUCCAAUUAAAGAGCUUGGAAGACCUUUUAAAGAACAUAGAAAAUAAAAAAUCCAAUAUAAAUUCACACAGAAAUGAAUGCAAAGUUACAGAGAGGGGAGACAAGAUACUUUUGGCCAAAGUGAAUAAACUCGCCCAACAUAAUUCAUUUUUAAAAGAAGAAAUAGAACAAAUGAAGCAAAAGAACAAUAGUUUGAUGAAGGAUCUAAAUAUUUACUCUCAUAAAUUAAAAACACAUUUGGUGUUGGAACAGAAAUUAUCACAAGAAACCCGUCAAACUAAGGCGCCGUCAAUAUCAUUUUCACGUGUAUGGGCAGAUUCCUUGUGCAAUAGAACGUCAUAGAUUCUCAAAACGUGGUUGACUACACUACAUUACAUAUAUUGCUUGAAAUGGACAUUGAUAAGUACAAGUGCAAAUAGAUAUAAGACAAGGAAACUGAAGAAUUUAAAGAAGAGACGAAAUUCAUUUUGAGAUGAGAGAACAAAUAUAUCAGGUAGAUCAAUCUUUGUUGAUGUGACUGUUUCAAAUGAUAUUACUGAUGAAUAUUACGAGUCACAUUAGGGAUUUCCGAAAUUUACAGCAUAUUGCUUCAGUAAUAUUGACCGUGUAAGUAACACCUAAGUGUAUAAUCUCGGAUUUCUUUAUCCACACCAAGAAUUAAUUUACUUACUGAUAUUUACUUCAAAAAAUACCAUUCUACCAUUCUUUGGGAAAUAUUCUUAGACGGAAAUUAAAUAUUUAUUAUUAAUAUAUGGUGAGAUUUGAUACGAUCAUAUUGUAUUGUCUUUUGAAGUGGAUAAUUUGAAUUUCCUAGAUAAAUAGAUUUGAAAAUAUUUUCAAUUUAUUUUUCAUUUUAUAUAUUUCAGUCAUCAAAUGAACACUUUUCUAACAUUCUAACAUUUUUAUUUACAAUAAACGCGUUUUGCGAAUUUGAAUUUUAUUUCGUUCAAUCUUAAUUCAUCUGUUGUUUUAACAUCAUAAAAUCAUCUGGCAAUGACAUAUAUUUUCUGAUUAAAAUAACACUACUCGUACAUCCAAGCUUGGUGCAUACGUUAGAAUCACUGUAAGUCGACCACUGUUAAACAACCAUGAAGAUGUUAAAGCCAGUAAAUGUUUUCUGCAGCCUCUGUUAAACUAAUAGCAUAGGGUUGCCCAUAGAGCAUAAGCCAAUGAUCACCGUCUAGAGAUUGUAGCCAGCCAAAUGGAUUUCUUGUUCACAGACAGUGUCAGGUGGAAUUUCUUUAUAUACAUUAUGAGUUAUUAAAACGAGAAUAAAUUAAAUUAAGUAAUCUUGUUUAUUCAAUCAAUUAUUGUUGAUUUGCUCAAGAUUUGAACCAGAUUUCAUUUUUAUAGACGACCGUGCGACACUUAUAAAUUAGGCGUUACAAAAUCAUGACCUUAGUUAGAUGCAGUGGACUCUACCAUAUUGCAAUCCAAUUUGACACAUAUGGAAUGAUCUUCAAAGACUUAUUUACAAUCGAAACGACCAGUCUCAAAGUUUAGAGUAGCUUGCUAAUGCUCUUAGGUAAGAAGCAAUCAAGUAGUGAUUGAAAUUUGAUGAUGGUCUAAUGGUUCUCCUGUUGAUGCAAUUUUGUUUAAUUUAUGCGGGAUAUUACAUUGUUUAUUUAAACUUAUUUUUGAUAAUUUGUGAUUUUUGAAAUAAUUCAAAUUAUCCACACAGUGUAUUUUACUUAGUUUCAAUUUGAAAUACUAUAUUUGAACAAAUUCUUCUC